AUGUCGACGUCAGUCGCGUCGUGCCAUGCGCGCGCCGCAGCCACAGCGGGGCUCAUUCCCCGCUGCGCAUCAUCCGCAUCAACUUCCCAACUGCGCCUCGUCUCCGGCACUGCCUCAACAUCAACAGCCGCAUGCCGCGCCGUUCCUCGUCAGCGCGCAGCUUUCCUCCCCCGCCCAGCCCUCUCCCCGCGCCACCUCUCCUCCGCUUCCGCCCUCGCCCCCUCUCUCCCCGCUCUCUCCGCUCUAUCCGCGCGCCAACCCCACCUCCCGUCUCGCUCGCCCGGCGCAGUGCGCGUUCACGCGCGCGGGGGAGGCGGAGACGGGAGCGUGGGGGUCCCAGAGCGCAUCCUCUCCGCCAGCGUCUACUUCCUCCCGCUCCUAGACGGCGCGCGCUACGCGCGGUUCCUCUACGCGCAAUACCCCUUCACGCGCGUGAUCCUCGACCCGAUCAUCCCGCUCGUGCAAGCUUACAACUCCUUCCCGUACGCGGGCCUCAUCCUCUUCUUCCUCCUCUACCUCGCCGUCAUCCGCAACCAAAAUCUCGACCGCUACGUGCGCUACAACGCGAUGCAGGCCGUGAUUCUCGAUAUCCUCAUGAUCCUGCCGUCGCUCAUCGAGCGCCUGUUCGCGGGCAACGACGGCAUCUCGCUACAGCUGACGAUUAUCUUUUACAACACCGUGUUUCUCUACCUCUUCGCGUGCUUCGUCUUCGGCGUCGUGUCGUGCCUCCUCGGGAAGACCCCCCGCUUGCCCAUCGUCGCGGAAGCCGCCGACGCGCAGUUCUCGCCGCCGUUCCCUCCCCUCGCCCCUCCAUUCCGCUUCUUCCACCACCAUUUUUCUCCCCUCCCCCCCGUCGCUCACUGCCGCUCCUCUCCCCAACACCCAAUCAGCCUCCCCCAAACCGCCCCUUGCCUUUCUCCACACCCCCCACCCACCUUGCAAUUUCCCUCCCAUCCCCCUCCCUCCCUCGCCGCGUUUUUCCUCCUCUUGCCGCCACUCCCUCCCUGCUGUUAUAAUCCCUUCUCUCCUACUCUCCUCCUUCCCACUCCUCCCCUCCCUUUCCCCAGUUCACCGCCGUUCCCCUCCCCAAUCCGUCACUGUCAUUUCUCUCUGCUCACCACCAUUUCCCUGCUAACUCACUUGCGUUCCCCACUCACCUGUGUUCCCCUCACACCUCACCAUGGGAACCCCCAUUAG